UGUUGUAGGGAACUAAUGUUUUAUAGUGUUACAAAUAAAAAGAACUGUGACUUCUUUUCUUUUCUCUUUAUUUUAUUGAACAGACACCAAGCUGGCUGGUUUCCUUUUAGGCAAGAAGGAGGUCAGCAACAGGCUGCUAACAAUAAUGCCGAAGUUAACAAUGAUGGGCAAAAUGCAAACAACCUAGAACUUGAAGAAAUGGAGCGUCUUAUGGAUGACGGGCUUGAAGACGAGAGUGGAGAGGACGCAGGUGGAGACGCCAGUGCUGUUCAGAGGCCCGGGUUGAUGGCGUCAGCGUGGUCUUUUAUCACCACCUUCUUUACUUCGCUGAUCCCAGAGGGGCCUCCCCAGGUUGCCAAUUAGACCUGAAAAACUGUGCCAGCUCCGAAGGAACGUCUGACUUCAGGAAAGUGUUUUAAAUAACAGUGCAAUUUCAAAAAAAAUUUAUUACUUUCUUUUCAUCAUCAUGUACAGAGGUGUUUUUUCCCUUAAGCUUUUCAUGCAUAUGAAUAUUUUAAGCACAAAUGGACUACUAAA